CAAAUUAUUUGACUUUUUCUCGACUAGUGAAAGAAACCAGCGGACAAAAUGGCGAAAUUGCCGGAAAUUUUGGGGGAACUCAUCUUUUGGCACGUAUGGAAAUGAUCGGAAUGCUUUGGCGAAGGCUGGUGGAUAAGCCAGAGAAGAGUGCACCGUCUUGAAGGCGGUAAAUCUCGUGAUGCCGAUACGCCGAGCAGCUGCGACUCCAACACAGGAGAAGGCCCCCUCCUCUGCAGCAGAGAAAGAGCCUGAAGUCUCCUCAGAGGAGUCGCCCUCUGCCGACGAGGAGCACGCUGCAUCUUCAGCUGCUACAGCCGAGGCUGAAGACGCCAAGGCCAUGGGCGAGACCGAGCCCACAGAGAAUGGAGAAAAGUCUGAAGGAGCCACGGCGGAGAAGGGAGGAGAAGGAACGGAAAAGAAAGAUGACAAAUGCAAGGACUGCGCGGCUGGACAGUGCGCAACACACUGCUAUGUUCUCCUACUAAGGUUGAAGGAUGGCUACAAGUACGAGAAAGCCAAAGUCAAGAAGAUGAAAAGGACGAUUCCUGCGUGGGCUAGCGUCACUGCCAGCAAAAAGGUUCCUGUUACCAACUUUGCAGGCACUCAGAACAAAGUGGAUAAUAUCCUCAUCGAAGCUAUUACGUCUUGUAAUGACAGGUCUGGAGUUUCAUACCAGUCCGUCAUGAAAUACAUUGUGAAAAAUUACCCAGGGAUGGAACUUAACAAGAAGAAGUUUCUCAUCAAGAAAGCAAUGAAGAAACACUUGGAGAAGGGCACCAUCAAACAGCUGAAGGGUAAAGGACUUUCAGGAACCUUCGCCAUUGGGAAGCAGUCUACCUCCUCUAAGAAAGCUGCUCAGAAGACUGAGUCUUUGGGAGACGCUCUUCCUCUCAUCAUCACUCGGCUCUGUGAGCCCAAAGAGGCCUCCUACAAUCUGAUCAAGAAAUACCUGGAGCAGCACUUCCCCAGUCUCAACAUUGAGAACAGGCCAGACGUCCUGAAGGUAGCCCUGUUGAAGGCAGUAGAGAAAGGACAACUGGAGCAAAUCACUGGGAAAGGAGCUAGAGGGACCUUCCAGCUGAAGCGAACUGGUAACCGGGUCCUGCUGAAGGGCGGCGCCCUAGAGGACGCCAUCACAACCGCCAUUACAGCAAUGAAUGAACCUAAAACCUGCAGCACCACCACUCUCCGCAGAUACCUAGUAGACGCCAACAAGGAUAGAAAGGAGUAUCAAUUAGAGAAUGAAACAAACUUACACCCACGUUUCAAGCCUAUAAGAGUGGCCAAUCUGAGGAGGACCCUGACAAAGUGUAAAGUACUCGGCUGGAUGGAGCAGAUCACUGGCCACGGCUUCACUGGGACCUACCAGCUUUCGUUCCCUUUCUACCCAAGUCCUACCAUCCUGUACCCAGACAAGUUCAAAGAGCAUCCAGUGAAAAACCCUACACCUACACCCAAGCGAAGGCGGGCGGCUCACUCUUCUGACGAGUCAGAAGAAGAGUCAGAAGACGAGGAAGACGAAGAGGAAGAAGAAGAGGAAGAGUCUGAGGAAGAAGCUCCCCCCCGUAAGAGGCAAUCUCAGAAGAGGCCUCCACCCAAGGCCCGCCGUCCUCCACCACCCAAGAAAUCUCAGAGCGCAAGUUCGUCAAAAGCUAAAGCCCGGGGGCGCCCCCUCGCAAAGAAGUCUCCAGCUAAGAAAUCUGUCUCUCCAGCCAAGAAAACGGUGUCUUCAGCCAAGAGAUCGACAGGGAAACAGUCAGCCUCUAAGAAGGAAUCAACGCCACCACCUAAAGCCACACCUGUCAAGAGAGGAGCUCCUGCAAGAAAGCCCAAAACACCAGCUGUUAAAAAGCUAACCAAAAGGGGGUCCAAGCAACCUGUGUCCAGAGAUUCAUCCCCUGAGGAGGCUGUGGUCACAAAGGAGACGUCAAGGAGCGGGUCGAAGCGAUCAAAAUCCGAAGAGUCAUCCCAUGAGGAGCCUGCAGUUAAAAAGCCAGCGACCAAAAGUGGGUCCAGGCGGCACGAGAAUGAAGAGUCAUCCCCUAAAGCGCCUGUAGUCAAAAGGGGGGCGAAGAGCAAGAAGCAGUCCACUCGUAAGUCCAAGAGGGGGAAAUACUGAGCCCAGGAUAGCCUUCCAUGGACUGGGCCGCUCUGAAUAUGCAGCGGUCUGCCGCUUUGUUUCAGUGCUCUCUCUCUCUCUCAUUCUCUUUUUAUGAUUGUUUUCACCCUUUUUAAUGGGGCAGUAGGUUUUUUUUAUUUUUAUUUUGUAGAAUUAGAACGUUAUCCUACCAGUUAAGUUAACUGUACAUUGAGAGUUUCUGAAUUUCCUUUUUAAUCACCAUGUGUAGAAAAAGCUCAGUUAGUGUUGCCGUUAAAACAGAUGUAUGACCAGCUGCCAGGUCGGGAAAGCAUAGCAAGAUCCGACAUACUGUAACUAGAGCCACGUAGUGACUUCUGUUUUUAUAUCUGUUCCUCAUCCAGUCUUUAGGUGAUGGCAGCACAUGUUCCUAAUAUCACGUUAAGUGAAAUAUCAGUGUUUUGAAGGGAUGAAAAGAAUAUCCAUUUUUAAGUUAAAAUGUGGGUUGAAAAGUUUGACCAGUUACUAAUGAUAUUAAUAUUUUAUAAAACAGAGAUUUUAAGGUUAUUGUCCUGAGUUCUGGGAUAAAACUACAGUAUUUUGGCCAUGCGGUACUGCAGCAGAAUCUGCAUUUUUAUCCAUAUUUGUCCUUAUAUAAUUUUAUUAUUAACGAUGAUUUGUUUAUUUAAAACACAAAAUUGCCCCCAAAAAACCUGCCAGGUUGAGGACUUCAGAGGAUAAAACACUAUGUUAGUAUUAAUUUCAAACAUUUGGGGGAAAGUGUCGUCUUUUUUUAUUUUGUUUUGGGUUUUUUGUGUGUGUGUGUGUGUGUGUGUGUGUGUGUGUGUGUGUGUGUGUGUGUGUGUGUAAACAAGCAUAUACAUAAAUUGAUUUUAUUGCUUCACAGCUGUAAUUCAGUACCAAACUGUAUGAAAUGCGUGUUGUGAAUAAGAAAAAGGAGGAUAAUAGCUCAUACAUACCCUGCAUGCAUGUAUUCCUUGUGUUGUUAAGCUUUUUUUCCAAGUCAUUAAUAAAAUGGCUAUAUUUGUAAA